GCAGGGAGGCAGAGCAACCUUCUCUGUAGGGCAGGGAGAGAGGGAGACGAUGUGAUCCCUGAUCUGGGCUUGUACCUUUUCCUCCCGCCAUCUUUUCCAUAUAUGACAGAUAUACCAAUUGCUGGCCAAUUUCUCAAGCUGCUGUUGGUUCUGCUUGAGGAGGAGUAUGUAUGUAUGUGUGUAUGUGUAUAUGUGUGUGUAUGUGUAUGUGUGUAUAUGUGUGUGUAUGUAUGUGUGAGUGUGUGUAUGUGUGUGUGUGUGUUAUCUGUGUGUGUGUGUGUGUGUAUGUGUGUGUAUGUGCGUGUAUGUGUGUGUGUAUGUGUGAGUGUGUGUAUGUGUGUGUGUGUGUUAUCUGUGUGUGUGUGUCUGUGUGUCUGUGUAUGUGCGUGUAUGUGUGUGUGUGUGUGCAUGUGUGACUGUGUGUGUGUGUGUACAUGUGUGCAUGUGUGUGUGUGUUAUCUGUGUUUGUGUACAUGUGUGUACGUGUGUGUAUAUGUGUAUGUGUUAUCUGUGUGUGUAUACGUGUGUGUAUGUGUGUGUGUGCGUGUAUGUGUGUUAUGUGUUUGUGUACGUGUGUGUGUGCAUGUGUGUGUAUGUUUGUGUGUGUGUGAGUUAUCUGUGUGUGUGUGUGUGUACGUGUGUGCAUGUGUGUGUGUGUAUGUGUGUGUGCGAACGUGUGUGUGAGUUUUCUGUGUGUGUGUGCGUGUGUGUGUGUGCGUGUAUGUGUGUGUAUGUGUGUGUGUGUGAGUUAUCUGUGUGUGUGUGUGUGUGUGUGUGUGUGUGUGUGUGUGUGUCAGGCUGAUAAAUGAGGGGCCGUGAGGGUUGCGGAGAGUGUGAUGCCUCUCCCCGAGUUGACAUCAUUCUCCUGAGUGUUUGUGAAAGGUUAUUAAAGAGACUUUAAUCAUGACUACACAGUUUCUGUCUCACUCUGUCUGUCUCACCCUCUCUCAUGGCCAGAGGUCAGUCGGUCUCUCUGUCUCUCUCCAUGACCAAGCCAUUUCCACUUAGCUAGCUCAGUGUACAGUAGCUGUUUUAGCUAGCUGAAUAUUUUUCAUGUUAUUUUCACACAUGAUUUGUACACCGUUCAUUUAUAGUAAUGUGUGAUCUUUACACAUUUACACAUCAAUGCAAGUCGUUUCAGGGCAUAACGUGUUGAAAUGAACGUUCUAGUGUUUCUCACAUGUAAGAAUAUAUCACUGACAUUAUCACACUUGAAAAGUGUGAGGAGAACUUCACUUCUCUGUGUGUAUUUGUGUGUGAUGUAGAAUGUUGUGAUGUAAGCUAGCUUUGAUCUCAUUUAAGCUGUGUCCCUCAUGGUUUUCUGCUUGCUGUAGAAGUGCACUAUGAGGAUCGGUUUCCUUCAGUAGUGCUAGAGGGAUAACACGAGUGUCCUGAUCCAGGAACUGGACAAUCCUCUAUGUAGUGUGUAAUGGAAGAAAGACACACAGAGCAGGACUGAGGCACGAGCCUCGGAGACCUACAGCCUAUACAGUAGCUUAGUUUUUAUGUUAGUGUCGUAGUGUCUUACUCUGAUUUCUGUUCAUAAAUAUAAACAUAAAAUAAAAUAAAAAAGUCAGACUCCCUCCUCCAAGAACCCUGCCCUCCUCCUCCAGCACCACCACCACCACCUCCUCUUCUGCUUCCUUCGGUCACGUGACGCUCUCCUGCGCCGUUCUUCCCACAGUGGAGUGCUGCAGGAGGGAAAUUAUCGCGCGCUGAUACAGAGAGCGCUAUGGAUGGUGCGCGCGGGCUGCCGGGGGUUCCGUGACAUGCUCGCCAGCGCGAGGAGGACGAUGCCGGUGCUGGGCUUCAGCGUGUUGACGGUGCUGCUCUGUCUGCGGGAGGUUGGUGCUCUGCAGAUUCAGUGUUAUCAGUGUGAGGAGAUUCAGCAGGAUGACUGCUCAUCUCCAGAGUUCAUCGUUAACUGCACUGUUAAUGUGCAGGACAUGUGCCAGAAGGAAGUUCUCAUCAGGUGGGACGAAGACACUGCCUCAGAGGAAGACCUCUCUCCCUGGCUGCCUCCCCAGAGCUCCAGAAAAGGCCUCAACCCCCUGAGAGACCACACCACGCCCCCUACACCGAUCCCCCCUGAACACCUCACUCCACCUCUCCUUUUCCUACUUUCAAACACUGUUGAAUAAAAACCCUCUAAGUUCUGCACCUAAGUGGCCUCCUGUGUAUCUGUGCUCAAACCACCGCAGCCUAG